UGGAAAGGUUCCCAAGUGGAACCUCACAGAGGGCAGCCUUCGCUUCUUGAAACGGGGGGCGGGCUUUGGGGUCGGUUGUGACGAGCAGCGCUGGGGACCAAUGGGGGAGCCCCUCGAGCCGAACGCUGAGCCAAUCAGAAAGGAGUUAGUCUCAAAGGUGCCGCAAGAUCCCUUUGCGUACCAGUUGUAAAGGAAAAGGUGGCUCAUUCAAAGAAGCAAUAACAAAAUCAUCAUCAUCAUGGAAGGUGCCUUUUGGACUCUGCUUUGCUUGGCGCUACUGACUUUGGGGAUAGGAGCCCUUAUUCCUGAACCAGAAGUAAAAAUGGAAGUGAUCCACAAGCCGUUCAUCUGCAAGAGGAAGAGUAAACUGGGAGACAUGAUGCUGGUGCACUACGAAGGCUUCCUGGAGAAAGACGGUGCCCUCUUCCAUUCCACCUACAAGCAUAACAAUGGCCAGCCUACAUGGUUUACUCUCGGUAUCAAGGAAGUUAUCCUCGGCUGGGAUAAAGGUUUGACAGAGAUGUGUGUCGGGGAAAAACGCAAGUUAACUGUCCCUCCGUCUCUGGGUUAUGGAAAAGAAGGAAAAGGAAAAAUUCCACCAGAGAGCACCUUGAUCUUCAAUAUUGACCUUUUAGAGAUCAGAAAUGGACCAAGGUCUCACGAGUCCUUUCAAGAAAUGGAUCUUAAUGAUGACUGGAAGCUGUCCAAAGAUGAGGUAAGAGUAUAUUUGAAGAAGGAAUUUGAAAGGCAUGGUGCACCAGUCAAUGAUAGUCACCAUGAUAUUUUGGUUGAAGACAUAUUUGAUAAAGAAGAUGAAGAUCAUGAUGGAUUUAUAUCUGCAAGGGAGUUUGUUUAUAAGCAUGAUGAGCUAUGAAGUAUGUUGAAGAAAUUCCCAGUGCGGGAAUGCAAUCACUCACAAAACUGACACUUCUGAAACAGUAUUUUUUUUCCCUUUGUAAUUUGGAGUUCGAGGGAAGAUUUACACUACAUAUUUUUUAUAUGAUGACAACUCUUGAAAGCAAAUAUGACUGUUUUUAUACAUAAUGUAGCAUCCUAAAAAAGGCUUAUUUUCAGAUGAGACUCUGAGUUAUGUAUUUGGAUUGUAAUAUUUUAUUUAUUUUUGAAGAACAGAACAAAAAUGUCCAGUGAUUGUUGGUGCUUAAAUUUACACUCCAUCCCUGUGCUUUGUGUGUAUUUUAAUAAGCUGUUUAUAUUUACCUGUUAGGUCCAUUUCUACAAAAAACAAGUAUUCUAGUCACUUGCAGUGGUAUACUGAGUUGGUUCCUCAUUAUUUUUAUAGCUUACAGUUGGUCUAGAAACUCGUGAUUUGCAACUUUGUGCUUAAAAUUAGUGCCCAGAGCUACUGUGGUCUGUGAAACAAGGGAAUACAAGUACAAUAAUGUGGUUGUGAUCUGAAUUGGAGUGGGGUGAAUGUUUUGGAAAUAAAUCUGCCCCAGUCAAAAAUAAACUGCUCAUAAUCUGAACCCAAAUCCUCUUGAUACUUUAGCUUUGAUAUGUAAAUAGCUCAGUCUAUUCUAAGCUGCCCUGUCCUCUAGUUCCUUUCCCCUACCUCCUAACUUGUGUUUCCUAUUGGAGUUGGGGGUAAUUAAGGAAAUGGAUGCUCAGCUUCACAUUAAAAUUGUCUCUGAACUGUG